ACGCAGAGCCGGAAGUGAGGAGCAUGAGGUUCUAGGGCGCGAGGGAAGCGGCUAGCGGGGGCGAGGGGGCGUGCACGUGAAUAUCCUGUGCCGGAUCUCUGGCAUGGCCGAGGCCAGGAAGCGGCGGGAGCUGCUUCCCCUCAUUUACCAUCAUCUGUUGCAAGCAGGCUACGUCCGCGCGGCGCGGGAAGUAAAGGAGCAGAGCGGCCAGAAGAGUUUCCUGACUCAGCCCAUCACCCUCCUGGACAUCUAUACACACUGGCAACAGACCUCAGAGCUUGGCCAGAAGCAGAAGGCAGAAGAUGACGAGACACUUCAGGCUAAGAAGUCUCGAGUGUCAGACCCUGUUAGCAGCUCAGAGAGCUCGGAGGAGGAGGAAGAGGAGACAGAAACGGAAACUGCCAAAGCCACCCCAAGACAGACACCUGUCAAUUCUGGAGCCGCAGCUUUGCCAUCAAACAUAAAAGAAAAGGCAAAGACCAAGGCAGCCAACAAGACUGUGAACUCUGUGCUGCGCCCUGCGUCUGGAAAGACGGUAGUGCACCUGCUCUCCGGGAAGUCACCCAGGAAGUCAGCAGAGCCCUUGGCAAACACUGUCUUAGCCUCAGAAACUGAGGAGGAGGGCAGUGCCCAAGUCCUCGGACCCACUGCCAAGCCUGGAACGGUGUCAGCGGGCCAGGCCACCAGUUCCAGUGAAGAUACCUCCAGCUCAAGUGAUGAAACUGAUGUAGAGGUGAAAUCCUCCGCUAAACCACCCCAGGGCAAAGCUUUAGCAGCCCCUGCCAAGGAUCCUCCAGCAAGAACAGCCCCAGGCCCUACCAAGUUAGGGAGUGUGACGCCCACACCUGCUAAACCAGUAAGGGCUGGAGCAGCGGCAGCGGCAGCGGCAGCAGCAGCAGAAGAGUCUGAGAGCAGUGAGGAGGACUCAGACAGUGAGGAUGAGGCCCCUGCUGGUCUGCCUAGCCAGGUAAAGGCCCCUGGAAAAGGUCUCGAUGUCAGAGCCGCCUCAGCGUCUGCCAAGGGGACCUCUGGGAAAGGACCCAUCUCAGCAAGCCCAGGGAAGUCUGGGCCCAUAGCCACACAGGUCAAGGCAGGAAGGCCAGAGAAGGAUACGGAAACCAGCAGUGAGGACGAUUCUGACAGUGAGGAUGAGAUGCCAGUCACUGUGACCACUCCUCAGGCAAAGCCUUCCGGGAAAAACCCUCAGGUCAAAGGAACCUCAACCCCUGCCAAAUCGUCCCAGAAAGGGGUUCCUGCAGUCACUCCUGGAAAGGCAGGGCCUGUGGCAGCCCAGGCCCGGGCAGGGAAGCUGGAGGCCAAGAGCAGCGAGGAGUCAGAAAGUGACAGUGGGGAGGCACCAGCAGCUGGCACUCUGACUAGGAGUCCUGCCAAGGGGAAACCUUUGGGGAAAAGCCCACAAGCCAGACCUGCUUCCACUGUAACUCCGGGGCCAUCGGAAAAAGGUGCCAACCCACCUCGCCCUGGGAAGGCGGGGUCAGCAGCUCUCAAGGUCCAAACGGGAAAGGAAGCCGAGGACUCAGAGAGCAGCAGUGAGGAGUCGGACAGUGAUGGGGCUGUGAGCCCAGCCAAGGCAAAGCUCCCGGGAAAAAAGGCCUCCCCUCAGAAGGUGGGGCCUGUGGCCACCCAGGUCAAGACUGACACGGGCAAAGACCACUCAGAGAGCAGUGAGGAGUUGACUGACAGUGAAGAGGAGGCAGCACCAGCAGCCUCCGCUGCUCAGGCCAAACCAACUCUGGGAAAGCAGAUGAAAACUUCCCCUAGGAAAGGCACCUCUGCGUCCGCUACAGGAGCGAGUGCCUCCUCCCAUUCUAAGGCAGGAAAAGUGACUCCUUCAGCCAGCCUGUCAUCCCUAGCUCUGGCCAAGGGCACCCAGAGGACAGAUGUGAACUCUUCUGUUGAGCGGGAGUCAAAAGGAGCUGCUCCCAGCACUGCUGGGGUACAGGGGAAGUCUGGGGGGAAGGGCCUCCCAGGGAAAGCUGCCUUGGGACAAGGGAUGGCCCCAGUACACACUCAGAAGACAGGACCUUCCGUUGCCCCGGUCAAAGCUAUGGCUCAGGGAGACUCAGAGAGCAGCGAGGAAGAAUCCAGCAGCGAGGAAGAGGAUGAGACCCCAGCACAGGCCACACCCUUGGGGAGACUUCCUCAGGCCAAAGCCAGCCCACCUCCCACUAAGGCACCUUCAGCGUCUGCAUCUGGAAAAGUGACCGCUGUGGUUGCUUCAUCCAAGGGGAAGCCACCUGUAAGCACCGUGCAGAACAGCACCGUCUCUGCAAGGGGCCAGGGGUCUGUGCCAGCCGUGGGAAAAGCAGGGGCGACGGCAAGCGCAGCACAGAAGGGGCCCGUGGCUGGCGCGGGGAAGGACUCAGACAGCAGUAGUGAAGAGUCUGACAGUGAAGAAGAGACGCCAGCCCAGAUAAAACCUGUGGGGAAGACCUCUCAGGUCAGAGCUGCCUCAGCCCCUACCAAGGAAUCUCCUAAAAAAGGAGCCCAUCCAGGACCCGCCAGGAAGACAGGGCCUCCAGCUACUCAGGCCCAGGCAGGGAAGGCAGAGGACUCAGAGAGCAGUAGUGACGAAUCUGACAGCGACGGAGAGAUGCCAUCAGCCACCACCCCAGCCCAGGAUGGUGUCUCCCAACCUGCCAGAAGCAAAGCCUCAGGUCCGGCACCCCCAGAGAAGAGCAUAGAAGAGUCCUCAGAGAGCAGCAGUGAGGAUCUGCCAUCUGGCCAGGCGAUUAAAUCCCCUCCAGCUUCUGUCAACCCUAACCGUGGCCCAGCUGUCCCAGCUCCUACCCCAGAACAAGUCCAGGCUGUGAACACCACAAGGAAGGCCCAGGCCUCAGGCGUCACUGCCCCGAGCUCCUCCUCUGAGAGUGAGGACGAGGACAUGAUUCCUGCCACACAACCCUCCACCCAUGCCAUCAGAACCAAUGUGACAACACCUGCAGCCCUCUCACGAACAGCCCCCCAACCCAGCAAGCGUGAGCAAUCUAGUCGGAUGCCAAAAGGCAAGAAACCAAAGACAGCAUCCACUCAGAUUAGCGGCACCAUGGAAACACUCCCCGUGACACCUCCCCAGAGCAUACCUGUCCAGCCCAAAGCUACCAACAAGCUCGGGAAACCCAAACUUCCUGAGAAGCCGCAGCUUACCCCAGGGUACCCCAAGACCCCCAGGAGCUCGGAGGACAGCAGUGACACGUCUUCAGAGAGCGAGGAGGAUGCCAAGAAACCCAAGAUGUCCAAGUCAGCCCCCAGGCUGGAUCCAGACCCUUCCCAGAAGGAAACUGUGGUAGAGGAGACCCCUACAGAAUCCAGUGAAGAUGAGAUGGUGGCGCCCUCACAAUCUCUCCUCUCAGGUUACAUGACUCCCAGUUUGACUGUGGCUAAUUCCCAGCCUUCAAAAGCUACUCCUAGGCCAGACUCCAACCCCUUGGCUUCCCCUGCCCCAGCCAACAAAGAUAACCCAGAUGGCAAGCAGAAAUCAAAAUCCCAACACUCGGCGGACACCGCGUUCCCUAAAACAGGUAAGAAAGAGGCCUCCUCAGGCCCCGCGCCUCAGAAGCCCAAGAAACCCAAGAAGAGCACCUUGAGCUCUCCAGCCCCCGCACAGACACUGCCGAACAGCAUCACCCAGCGCCUCCUGGAGCAGGCCUGGCCUCUGAGCGAGGCCCAGGUGCAGGCCUCUGUGGUGAAGAUCCUAACAGAUCUGCUGGAGCAGGAACGGCAGAAGGCCACAGAGGCCAUCAAGGAGAGUGGGAAGAAGGGCCAGAAGCGGAAGUUAUCAGGGGACCUAGAAGCCGGGGCCCCAAAGAACAAGAGCAAGAAGAAGAAGCAGCAGCAGGUGCCUGGGGUAGAUGCUGUUUCCCCAGAAAAGACCCCCAGAACUUCCAAGGCAAAAUCAAAGCUAGACAAAGGGAGUGCUGGAGGCAAGGGGAAGGGGUCUCCUGGCCCCCAAGGAGCCAAGGAGAAGCCCGAAGGCGAGCUGCUGGAGAUAAAGCUUGAGAGCGGAGAGCAGAGCGACCCAAAGAGCAAGAAGGAAAAGAAGAAAUCCGGCAAAAAAAAGAAAGACAAGGAGAAAAAGGAAAAGAAGAAAGGAAAAAAGACCCCGGUCAAAGACCCUGCCUCACCAGUCCAGAAGAAGAAAAAGAAGAAGAAGAAGACAGCCGAGGCUGCCGUGUGAGAGUCAGCGCAUAGAGAAGAGUCUUAACAGAGUGUGACUGUCCCUAGGCCUCUGACCCUCUGGCCACUGUGAAUUGGGACUGGACUUUUUAACUUGCCCUCCCUCAGCAGAAGAUGAUGGCUGGCUCGUGCUGCUGGCCAAGCCAGUGAGCGUUCAGGGAAGCCGCAGUUCCAGGAGGAAGUGAGAUGGGACACACGCCCCCUCUGAGUGCUGCAUGAGAUGUGUACAGUAUAUAUAUUUUUUUAAGCGACUUGCCUCUCCCCCUUCAAAUUCAACAUGCCCAGAGCCUCGGGACUUCCUUCCACGGUAUUCUGCAGACCCAGCAAGGUCCCGCGUGUGGUGUGGACCAUCCCAUACCCUGGAUCCCUGGCUCAUCCUGAGGCCUUAUCCCAUCAGUUUUUCCAGAUUUGGUUUUGUUGAAUUUUUUUUUAAAGGACUCAAAAUAAAAGAUUUUAAAUAUAAA